AUGGCGUCGUGCGGGGCGCGGCCGUGGGCGCUGCUGCGGCUGGUGCUGCUGGCGGGCGCGGCGCGGGCCGGCCUCUACUUCCGCCCGGGCCAGAGCUGCUACCGCGCCUGGCGCGGGGACCCGCUGGCGGCGCAGGGCCGCAGAACCUACCCUCGGCCUCACGAGUACCUGUCACCGUCGGACCUGCCCCAGAGCUGGGACUGGAGGAACGUGAAGGGUGUCAACUAUGCCAGCAUCACCAGGAAUCAGCACAUCCCCCAGUACUGUGGCUCCUGCUGGGCGCACGGCACCACCAGCGCCAUGGCAGACCGGAUCAACAUCAAGAGGAAAGGCGCGUGGCCGUCCACCCUGCUGUCUGUGCAGAACGUCAUUGACUGCGGUGACGCAGGGAGCUGUGAGGGUGGCAGCGACCUGGCGGUGUGGGUCUAUGCCCACACGCAUGGCAUCCCCGACGAGACCUGCAACAACUACCAGGCCAAGGACCAGGAUUGUGACAAGUUUAACCAGUGUGGCACGUGCACAGAAUUCAAAGUCUGCUACACCAUCCAGAACUACACCCUGUGGAAGGUUGGCGACUACGGCUCCGUCUCCGGGCGGGAGAAGAUGAUGGCGGAGAUCUAUGCCAACGGCCCCAUCAGCUGCGGAAUCAUGGCCACAGAGAGCAUGGACAACUACACCGGUGGCAUCUACGCGGAGUACAAUGUGGCGGCCUUCAUAAACCACAUCGUCUCGGUGGCCGGGUGGGGCGUGAGCAACGGCACGGAGUACUGGAUCGUCCGCAACUCGUGGGGCGAACCCUGGGGCGAGAGAGGCUGGAUGAGGAUCGUCACCAGCACCUACAAGGGCGGGAAGGGGAACCACUACAACCUCGCCAUCGAGAAGGCCUGCACUUUCGGGGACCCCAUCAUUUAA